AUGCGUCCAUCUGCAUUGCUUUUCAGAUUUCGCUGCUCCUGGGGGUUUUCCCCCCUCCAUCUUCACUCCCCCUCCCUCCCCCCACGACCGGUGCAGGUGGAGUACGAGGCCGUCAUCGGUAUCGAGUGUCACGUGCAGUUGCUGACCCGCACCAAGGCCUUCUGCAGCUGCCCCUCGGAGUUCGGGUCGGAGCCGAACAGUAACGUGUGCCCCGUGUGCCUGGGGCACCCGGGCACGCUGCCGGUCUUGAACGCGGAGAUGGUGACUCUGGCGGUGCGGGCGGGUUUGGCGCUGGGGGCGGGUAUCGCCAGGCUGUCCAAGUUUGACCGCAAACAGUAUUUCUAUCCGGACCUGCCCAAGGGCUACCAGAUCAGUCAGUACGAUGAGCCUAUUUGCAGCGGGGGGAAGCUGGAGGUGGAGGUGGACGGGCAAAUGAAGAGCUUCGGCAUCAUCCGUGCCCACCUCGAGGAGGACGCUGGCAAGAUCGUGUACGCGGGUGCCGACCGGCUGAGUGGUGCGGACCACUCCCUCGUGGACUACAACAGAGCGGGAGUGCCCCUGCUGGAGAUUGUGUCCGCGCCCGACAUGCGCAGCGGCCGGGAUGCGGCGGCGUACGGCGAGGAGUUACGGCGUGUACUGCGCACGUGCGGUGUGACGGACGGCAACAUGGCGGAGGGCUCCAUGCGGUGUGUUGUGGAUGUGAAUGUGAGUGUACGGCCCCGGGGAAGCCCGGUGUACGGCACUCGUGUGGAGAUCAAGAACAUGAACAGCUUCUCCAACAUGCAGAAGGCCAUAGACUACGAAAUUGAGCGACAGGUGGGGCUCCUGAGGUCGGGUCGCGGGGACGAGAUCGUACAGGAAACCCGGCUGUGGGACGAGAUUAAGCUGCUCACCAACACCAUGCGCAAGAAGGAGGGGCUGGCGGAUUACCGGUACUUCCCGGAGCCCGAUCUGCCGCCGCUGACGGUGUCGGAUGAGUUCGUAGAGCAGGUCAAGGCCUCCAUGCCCGAGCUGCCCGCCGCCAAGCGCGCGCGCUACCUGUCCCUGGGCCUCAGCCGCGGCGAUGUGGCCGUGCUGACGGACGAAAUCGCCACCUCGCAGCUGUUCGAUGCGGUGCUGGCGCUGGGGGCGCCCGUGAAGCCGGCAGCAAACUGGAUCCAGGGGGAUAUCAUGGCGUACUGCAAGGAGUCCAAGGUAGGUAUGGACGGUCUGUCCAUCAGCCCGGGGGCGCUGGCGGAGAUGAUCUCCCUGAUCGAGGACGGCACCAUCAGCGGCAAGAUCGCCAAGGAGGUCCUCCCCGAGCUGCUGCAGGGCAAGGGGAACGAGGGCGUACGGCCGUACAUUGAGAACCGCGGGCUGUUGAUGAUCAGUGAUGAGGCCGCCAUCGGGGCCAUGAUUGACAAAGUGCUGGAGGCCAACCAGAAGCAGCUGCAGGAGUUCCGCUCGGGCAAGACCAAGCUCCAAGGCUACUUUGAAGGUCAAGUGAUGAAGGAGUCCAAGGGGCGGGUGAACCCGGGUCUCAUGAAGGAGAUGUUGUUGAGGAAGCUCAAGGGCGAGUGA